GCUGCUUUCUCCAGUGAGUGUCGCUCUCGAGAAACCAAUGCAGCCAACAAGGAAGCGCUUUUUUGCGUUGUCAUUACGUGAACCAAUUGCUGUGGAGACGGAAGUUGGUUCGGCUGCACGUUGAAGACAGAGUGGCCAUCAGUCCUGGGACGAAGUGCAACCAUGUGGCCUGUAAUGUGGACAGCCAUGCGGACCUAUGCCCCCUACGUUACCUUUCCGGUGGCUUUUGUGGUGGGGGCAGUGGGGUACCACCUGGAGUGGUUCAUUCGGGGCACACCAAAGCCCCAGCUGAGGGAGGAGAAGAGCAUUCUGGAGCUGAGGGAGGACAGGAAGCUGGAGGAGCUGGCGGGGAAGGACGGUACCAAUGUCAUCAGCCUGAAGGAGCGGCUGGAGUUCACCCCCAAGGCCGCGUUGGAGAGGAACAGGCCUGAGAAGAGCUAACUGGAAGCAGCCCUGUCAGUGGAUUUGGGGGGGUGCCUUCGGUGACGCUGAGAGUUACUGACAUUCACCACCAUCCCUUGUCAAACACUCACAUUACCACAGUCACUGGACUCCCACAGCCCUUCAAGUAAGAGAUGGGUGAUGGGAAUUGUAGUCCCCCCUCCAAUAAAGGUCUCAAUCGUUGUCUUUCCAAGAUGUUUUCACACCGGUUCAGUCAUGGUGAUUCACGUCUCAGACACAUCCUGGGAGCUGUGCUCUUGUUCAGGAGACUGGACUCUUUAUUCUGGAGACUCAUUUGUUUCUUUUCUGCCACAUUCAUCAUAGUGGAGACUGAUGAGCUUUCUCUCUGCACAGCUCAACUGAGGAAAUCCAGCACAGAGUCAUUGUCCCGUUCGAUCAUUUGUAAUGCCAAACCUAAACAAGGGGAGUUGGCUGUGGUUUCCUGAAAUUAAUGCUGUGGUUUGAAAAGGGACAUCAACCUGAUUGAAACGUGUGGAAAUUAGGUUCAACAGUUGGUGCUUUACUGGAAUUCAAAAAGGUUAUAUUCUGAGAUAAUAGAAGUAGGUAAUGAGAAUUUUCACAAAUCUGCCAUUUGAAUCAAUUGUCGACAGUUGCAUUUUUGUUCCUGUGAAUAGUGGGUAUUUUAAAGGAAGGUGUGUGCAUUGAUGCAUAUCCAAUACUUGCCUGAUUCGCUUUCAUUUUCAGAAAGCCUGUUAAAUAUACUUGCCUGUCAUCUGUUCCAUUCAUGUUCUAAUAGGUUAAUGUUUUUUCAGUUAUUUUAAUGGCAGAUGUAUAUUUGUGUCGCCAGUUUGAUUUUCAGGAGAAAAUCAGGAAUCCAUGAAAUGUGACAAUAAAAACUGCAUCCAUUUUAGAACCGCA